AUGGAACUCAUAAUUCGUGUGUUUUUUAUUCUCUGGAUUACCUUGACACUCUUCAACCAUAAUAUGGAAAAUGUGGAAGGAAGAUACCACUAUCACACCAAGCAGAAUAAAGCUUCCUCUGUUUUUAACCCUCCUGUUGAUUCUUCCACUGACCCUCCUUCAAAUUCUCCCACUGUUCCUUCUGACCCUUAUCCAAAUGCUCCUCAAGGUUCCCCUUUGAACUGUGUUUUUGAUGUAAGGUCCUUUGGAGCUGUUGGAGAUGGUUCAACUGAUGACACACCUGCAUUCAGAGCAGCAUGGAAAGCAGCUUGUGCUGUAGAUUCUGGUGUUCUUCUUGCUCCAGAAAAUUACAGCUUUAUGAUCACUUCAACUAUAUUUUCAGGUCCAUGCAAGCCAGGAUUGGUAUUUCAAGUGGAUGGUACACUCAUGGCACCAGAUGGACCAAAUUCUUGGCCAGAAGCAGAUAGCCGAAAUCAAUGGCUUGUGUUUUAUCAACUUGACCAAAUGACUCUUAAUGGUACAGGAACCAUAGAAGGCAAUGGAGACAAGUGGUGGGAUCUCCCUUGCAAACCUCACAGGGGUCCCAAUGGAAAGACUCUGUCAGGACCAUGUGGUAGUCCUGCGAUGAUACGGUUCUUCAUGAGCUCCAAUUUGAAGGUGAAUGGGCUUAAAAUUGAAAACAGUCCUCAGUUUCACAUGAAAUUUGAUGGCUGCCAAGGAGUACUGAUAGAUAAGCUGUCUAUUGCUUCACCAAAACUCAGCCCCAACACAGAUGGAAUCCAUGUAGAAAACACCAAAGAUGUUGGGAUAUAUGACUCCAUGAUAAGCAAUGGUGAUGAUUGCAUUUCAGUUGGACCCGGAUCUGCAAAUGUGGACAUAGCCGGUGUAACUUGUGGUCCUAGCCAUGGGAUUAGCAUUGGAAGCCUUGGAGUACACAAUUCCCAGGCAUGUGUCUCAAACUUAACUGUUCGUGACAGCAUCAUAAGGGAGUCAGAGAAUGGACUCAGAAUCAAGACAUGGCAAGGUGGGAUGGGAUCUGUGACAAGCUUAAGAUUUGAGAACAUCCAAAUGGAGAACGUUGGAAAUUGCAUCAUCAUAGACCAAUACUACUGUUUAUCAAAGGAAUGUCUAAACCAGACUUCAGCUGUGCAUGUUAAUGAUGUAUCCUACAGGAACAUUAAGGGUACUUAUGAUGUGAGAACUGCUCCUAUUCACUUUGCCUGCAGUGACACUGUUGCUUGCACAAACAUAACACUCUCUGAGGUUGAGCUUUUCCCAUUUGAAGGAGAAUUACUAGAUGACCCUUUUUGCUGGAAUGCUUAUGGGACUCAGGAGUCCUUGACUAUACCUCCAAUUAAUUGCUUAAGAGAAGGUGACCCUGAGACAGUAGGUGAUCUUUCUGAAUAUCAAUGCAGUUAA